UCCUCCUCCUCCUCCUCUUCCUCACCCUGCCCUUCCCCCUCCUGCUCCAGCUCCUCUUCCUCUCUGACAGGAUGGAUGACAACAUAGAAACCCACACCUUCCUGUACUUUGCCUACGGCAGCAACCUACUGAAGGAGAGGCUCCAGCUCAAGAACCCCUCCGCUACCAUCCACUGUGUGGCCAGGCUCAAGGUACGACCCGACCUGACUAUAAUGAGGACCUGGGAGGACACCUGACCUUAACCUGACCCCUCUAUCUCUCCUUCUCUCCAGGACUACAAGCUGGUAUUUGGGAACUACAAGGGUCUGGCCAGUGACCGGUGGCAUGGGGGUGUGGCGACCAUCGAGAACAGCCCAGCGAACGAGGUGUGGGGAGUGGUGUGGAGGAUGAAUGUGGCUGACCUCGCGUCUCUAGACAGGUAAGAUACCUUUAUCUUGUUCACCUAAUCCUAGUUGGUGUAUAGUGUGUCUACUGGGUCUGUUGUGUCAUUCUGAGUGCUUCUUCAUUGUGGUUGAUGCGGUCUAGAUCUAACCAGUUCUAAAGUUGUGUGUGUGGGUGUAUUCAUGUGUGUGUAUUUGUGUGUGUGUGUGUGUGUGUGUGUGCAGCCAGGAGAACGUGAGACUAGGGGCCUACAGCCCUGUGGAGGUGAAUGUGAAGACUCGGGGACAAGAGCUCAACUGUCGCACCUACAUCAUGAACAGCUGUAUUUACGCUCCACCGUCUCCACAGUACCUCAAGGUAGCACACCUCCUUUUAUACUAUUUUCCUCCCUCUCUCUCUCUCUCUCUCUCUCUCUCUCUCUCUCUCUCCCUCUCUAUCGCAUGCUGUCUCACUUUCUCAAUCUAUUUAUAUCUCUGUUAUUCCAAAUAAGAACAUGGACUUGACACUGAACCCUUUAAGACGUUAGGGACCUUACAAAGUGUGGAGAGGAGCGUUGUUAAUGAAGUGGGGCUCUCUAUAGAUAUACAAUGGGACAAUGAAGAGAUCUCUAAAGCAUGUGAAAAAAGGAAUUCACACAUCACUAGUCACUUGUGGAUGACAGUUUGGGUGACAUCAUCCUCUUGAAUGAGUCUCUGUCACUCACUCACUGUUGUGGCAAAAAGACCAGUAGUGUUGUGGUGUUUUUUCUGGCGUUUGCCCCUGACAGCUCCCAGAUGGCUUUGUGUUGAAAAGACAAUAGGGAAAGAGCAGCAACUAGGUCAGGGGAUUUUUAGACUAUUUACUCACAGCCCCUCUCCAAAAUAAAACCUCCCUCUCUGAAGCAUCUGGAAAACUACAUUCCAGGUAUUUUUUAUUUAGUAGAUAUCCAUCAAUUCAUUCAGGAUUUAUCCAAUCCCAUGCACUGUAUUGGACAAUGUGAACAGUUACUAAACUGUGAUUCCAGAUGGUUCAUUGCACAUCUAAAAGCUCUAGCUAAAUAAUCAAAGUGGUGUGAGAAAAACAGCCAGCGAAUGUAACAGGCGUGGAGCAUGGCUUUGUGACCACGGAAGCUUUGUGCCGUGCUCUGUCGUGUAUGUACCAGACUCAUACGGUUGAGCUGAGUGCAUUGUUCUUCUGUUAUGUGGCGUGUUCUAUCUGUGGUGUGGUGUGUGGUCCGAUGGGUACAGUAUUUCAGAUACACACAUUCUUGGGGCAGUUACUAUAGCAUAAGGGUAGAAACUAUUGAUGUUUCUGCCCCUGGGGCAGUUCUGGAUUUGAAUGGGCGCCAUUGGUAAUUUAUUUGUCGUUAGAUAACAGAAAGUACUGUAUAAGUGAUUGUCUGAUUAAUAUGGUUUAACUUCCUAUUAAAUUAUAAAUGUAUUUUGUUAAUUGUUCUCUGGUUGCCCCAGGUGAUUUUAAUGGGGGCGGAGCAGAAUGGCUUGCCGAAGAACUACCAGGAGAAGCUGAGGGCCAUCGAGACCAACAAGUAUGAGGGCCCACUGCCUGUCAUGGCUGACCUGGAGCGGAUCAUGAAAAGAGCCAAGGAGAGAGCUAACCACCAAUCUGACACUUAACAACACCUUGAACAAACUGUCAUGUUUAGGAACUCAGCUCCAGUUAGGAUAAUAGAAGUUUGCUUCAACAACUUCCAUUGUCCUACCAAGAGUUGCUGAAUAUCUUCUUAUCUCCAGAUUGCUCCACUGUUCAUGCAUCUUGGUUUGAAAGCGAGAUAGCAACAGCAUUUAUUUUUCUCUAGGAACUCAAACCUGCCUAGAGAGAUAACUGUGUUCAGUAACCCACUGGUUAGAGAAACCAUCAAGUCCUGUGUGUAACGUUACAUCUAUAAUCCUCUUCAGGAAUAGUUAUUUAAUGACAAAUAACAAUGAUGAUGAUGAUGAUGAUGA